UCCGAAUUUUGAUAACGGUUUUCUAUGACACUCUUAAGUUUAGCAUGCAUAAAGUCAAUACGUAUUUGUCCGAAAAAGUGAUAAAUGGUUUACAAAUCUAUCGCCGUUUACAGAGUUAGCUAUACCCCUGAUAAGAUAUAUUUCUCUUAAUAUUUUGAAAAUUAAAUGCAUCGAUUCAACUUUAAGAAAAUCCGAAAAGGUCUUGUUUGGGCUUACAACUGAUAAAUUGCAUGGCGACCACCCUUCAUUUCUUCUAGCGACAAAACGUGUGCGCGCGAUUAUAAAAAACAAAUUUUAAAAGGACAUGGAAUAUCUGUCUUAGAGGCGAAACUUGAGAAGUCAAGUCGAGGAUUAAAAAUUUAAAACGCAAGAUAUGAAAGAGACAACAACGCAUCGUAAACGCAACAAAUCUGAAAGCGAUUCAGGUAAAUACCACGAUCAUAAGGAUCAUAAAGAUAUGCAUCAUAAGCCAGGUACCAAAGGUCAACAUGGUGCCCACGGGGGCCAACAUGGCGGGCAUCAAGGAGAACAUCAUGGGGGUCAACAUGGCGGCCAUCAUGCAGGACAACAUGGCGCUCAUCACGGCGCACACCACGGGUCCCAUCACGGAGCCCAUCACGGCAGUCACGGUACACACGGGGGUCAUCAUGGCGGCCAUCAUCAUCACAAAGGUGAUCAUCACGAUGGGGAUCAUCAUCAUUCUGCUAGUUCACAUCCGUUCAGACCGCGGAGGGAUACAAUGCUGUCAAGAGGUCACUCGACACACCAUGACGACAAAAGAAGUACCGGAACAGUAGACAUUCCAACACCAGUAGUAUUUUAUGAGAAUACGUACAAGAUGGUUCCCGACUGCAGAAUCCAUGAGGGUAAAGUAAGAGAAAUAAUUCUAGCUGUUCUCAAAGAAAAUAUUAAAGAGACGAAUUACGAUCCAAACAUGGGUGGACAAAAAUGCCAACUUAUAAGUGAAAUAAUCAAAGAACGCAUUAAGCAUUUGAACAUGGACCGGUUUAAAAUUAUUUGUAUGGUGAUGAUUGGACAAAUAAACGACCAGUCUAUGUUAGUUACGUCAAGAUGUCUUUGGGACCAUAGAUUCGAUAAUUCUGUCAGUGUGGAAUUCAAAAUUGGUAAUAUAAUAGCUGUUGGUUUAGUGUUUGCCGUGUACGCCGAAUAAAGUGAUUACGGGCACGAACAAGCACAUUUGUAGAUAGAUGUUUUGCGCUUACGACUAACCACAGCAUCGCUGUCAUCUCAAGUCGUUGCUAGAAAAUAGCUUCACGAUAUUUUCUUGGCAUUUAUGUCAUCAGUUCUAAUUUUUGAAUUGUUAUUUAUCUUAUAUCUUUAGUGUUAUGUUUUCGCUGACGGAAAAUCGGACAAAGAAAUUAUAAAGAAUGAACUAGCAACGCUCAAUUUCGACUAUGCAGUAUGUUUUGUCUUAAUGACAAGUAUAUUAUCGAGAAUAUUAUAUCUCAAAUGAGAUGUCCAGGUAAAAUAGACCACUGUAAAAUUUUAACUAAAAAGAUACAACAAGAGUACGUCCUAAUAUGCCAAAAUUUUAAUACACAAGUGAUGUUACAUGUAGCAUGCUAUGGAGGCGGAGCUUAUCAGUAACUAAAGUCUGUUUCAAGAUUUAUCAAUAUAGAACAGACUACGAGUAUUUUUACUGUUUUGUACACACAUUAAUGAUAAACCCUGUAUUUAUGUGUUUUUUAAUAUCUUUAAUGUGUUGCUGACAAAUCACUGUUCGUAUUAAAGUUAUACCAUAAAAAUGUAUUCGUGGAAGAACCAACCUAUUUUUGAAGAAGAAUUACAAUUUGGAUUUUGAUUGUGUUAACUAGUGUGAUUAAAAAAGGAUUAUGUACACGGUCAAUUUCAGGGGAAGAAAUCGUUUUGUCGGGAUCAAAAAUUGUGAUUUUGUUAUGAAAACAAAGUUUUAAUUUGGAUAUGAAAUGAGUUUGGAUUCAAAUUAGGAUAAAUAGACAAUUCAACAUUAAAUUUGAGAAAAAUUGUCAGAAUCAAAAUAAGGAUAAUAUUGAUAUGUCAUUAUGAAAUUAACAUUUACUUUUAAAUUUUUAAUGUCCGAUGUUAACCUUCUUCAUAAGAUUAGCUAGUUGCUAUAUACUGUAUACGUUUAAUACCACGCUAGUGUCCAGCUUUAUUUGUGGUCCAAUGAAAACGCUGUGUUUCUUAAAAAUUAUGUGUGUUAACUUUCAUAGAAGAAAGAAGCCAAUACAGUAUCCCAUUCCGUUUACAGUCGCCUUCUAUUUGUUAUAAUGCAUCUUAGAUAUGCGUUCGUGAAAAUAGCCGUACGUAAUAAAACGAAUAUUAGUGAAGCCAA